UUUUGUACAUUAAAUUGGUACACAUUUUUACAUGUUGUAAUCUGAGAUUCUGAGGGGAAAAAAUGUAAAACUGACCAUAAGUUCAUUCUUAGAUAUUUUAUUUCAGUUUUGCGUCUUGUUAGUUUUUCUGGAAGAAUCGUCGAUAUUGCGAAGUUUUCCGCUAUUCUGGUCCGUCCUUGUCCCACGGUGACAAGGCAUUUAUUUAUUUAUUUUUGUUUAAACUUACCAUACUAACAUGAUCCUAAUAUCGGCAGAUGAUUUCUACGUUUGAUGUAAGUAUUUGAUGUGUAAAAAAAGCUUCGUCAUCUAUUAUCUUUGGAGUCUGGACACGUGUACCUAUAGGACUAGUUGGUAAGAGUAAGUAUUUGUGCACCGAGUCGAGUGCGAAGUAUGUAUUCGCUACUGAUUAAAAGUCCAUCGAUUUGUGGUCACUGAUCCUCGUGAUGUGUGUAUCCUUAUCAUCAAAUAGACUUAGUUCCUGAUGUGAUUGUCAUUUUACCAUAUUGAAAUGGAGAUGAUAACAGAAGAUAACUCAGAUAAUUAAGGACAUAGGAAGAUAGGCCCUUUGCUCUAUUAUGUAACUGCCUAAAUUUAGUUAUGAUUUCAAAGUUGUCAUUACAAGUGCACGGUUUACUGUACUAAGCUAAUUCUGAUUUUCCGGCCCUCUUGAAGGACUUCGAACACUUUUUUUUUACGGGCGAGAGGAUUGAAAGCUGCUCUCAAAAAUGGAAAAAGAAUCAGUCAGCAAAUUUUCUCAAUUGAAGGCUAUGGUUAUAAGAAAUAUCACACUGAAAAAAAGAUCCGGAAGAAAAACUGUUGCCGAAUGCGUCGUACCAAUUUGGUUUUUGGCUUUUCUGGUGCUAUUAAAGUCCUUGAUCCCAGAUCCGAACUAUAAUCCCAUUCUUACUGAACCUGCUGAUACGCCGAUUGGAAUCGAUUUCGCGCUCAACCAGUUGAACGAAAACACGUCUUACACCAUAUACCUUGUCCCAAAUACGUCCGAAAUCCAAAAUUUCGCUGAUCGCAUGCAAGAUUACUGGUCCGAACUCAGUUGGCCUGGCCCGCUGCCUGGGGACGGACCUUUCCAGCCACUGGGCUUUGUUUUCCUGGAAACGGAGAAAGAUUUAGAAGCAAUCUAUGCAGACAAAAAUUUGACGAUUCCGGUUGAAUUGGCUGUAGUAUUUGAUGGAGAUCCCUCCGUUAAUAUGUCCUACACCAUUCGAAAUCAUCCAGAUACAGCACCACUAGCACUUCCUAGUAGACUCUACGCAACUGGUGAUGCUUGCAGGAACCCAAAUUCAAGCGCGAUUUAUCCAGAAUAUAAUGCUUUCGGCAGUUGUCCCAUCAACUCGUACUUCUUCAGCAAUUUUUUAGUUGUACAAAGCCUCGUGGAGGGAACGUGGCUAAAGAUGAAGAUGCCGGACGUGGAAAUACCAGUUUACCUUAAACAAAUGACGAUGCAACUAUUCCCCAAAGGACCAUACGUUGACGAAACUUCACUUCUUGUUCUUCGCUACCUAGUUCCAUUUUAUAUGGUGUUGUCGCUAUCACAGUUCAUCUUGUAUUUGCUAACAGUGAUCGUUGGUGAGAAAGAGAAAAAGAUCAAGGAAGGCUUGCGGAUGAUGGGACUUAACGACUCCGUCUAUUGGCUAUCGUGGUUUCUCGUCUACUUGGUAUUCGUGAUUGUUUUGACAUUAGUCGCAACUGGGAUAUUAUACGGAAUGAAGGUUUUCCAAAAUUCAAAUGUAGGACUCAUCUACUUGUUGUUCAUUCUUUACGACAUUUCCGUCCUUAUGCUGGCCUUUUUAAUGACAACCUUUUUCGACAAAGCUAGAGUCGCUGGAAUCUUUGGAGCCAUGGCGGUUUCUUUCCUAAAUUUGUUUUACUAUAUCCAAGUCGCUACGGGAGACGCCACACCCAAGUGGCUUUAUUGGUUCUUAGCAUUAAUCUCCCCAACUGGAUUUGCGCUAGGAAUGGAUAAAGCUUUAUUAUUGGAGAUUACAACACCGACUGGCGUCACCGUGGAUACUUUGUGGGCUGGACCGGGACUCCCUCUUGCUGGCUCGUAUAUCAUGCUUAGUUUCGACAUCGUCUUUUACUUUUUCCUGGCGUAUUAUUUAGACAACGUUUUACCAAGCGAAUAUGGUGCCAAACGAGCCCCAUAUUUCUUUUUGCUCCCGUCGUUUUGGCGAAAAUCGCCAAAGACAAUAAACCUAGAUGGGCAAAUCAACAAUGGUUUUAGCGGAUACAAGGACUCUGCCGCUAACGAAGACAUUGAGGCGAUACCAGAGUCACUUAUUGGCAAAGAGGCUUUGAAAAUUCGUGGUCUCACCAAAACUUUUAAACCGUUUGGUAGACCUAAUUUAACGGCUGUAAACGGUUUGAAUUUGGAUGUCUACGAAGGACAAAUUACAGCCAUUUUGGGACACAACGGCGCCGGAAAAACUACGCUUUUCAAUAUGCUUACUGGCAUGACUGCACCUUCCAAAGGAUCUGCAUACCUAUACGGAUAUGAUCUGAGUGACUCCAACCAACUGGAAGAGAUCCGUCGUAUGACGGGAGUUUGUCCACAACAUGACGUCCUUUUUGAUUUACUAACACCAGGAGAGCAUUUAGCUUUCUAUGCCAAAAUUCGAGGAGUCAGAGAAGACUUGGUGAAUGAUGAAGUGGAAAAGGUCAUGAAAGACAUUGAUUUAACCUCCAAAGCUAAUACUCUAGCCGGCAAGCUCAGUGGUGGUCAGAAAAGAAAACUUUCUAUCGGGAUCGCUUUGAUUGGAGAUCCUAAGAUUGUAUUUUUAGACGAACCCACAGCUGGCGUCGAUCCUUAUUCCCGGCGUCACCUGUGGACACUCCUCCAAAAGCGGAAAGCUAACAAGGUUAUUCUUCUUACGACACAUUUCAUGGAUGAAGCUGAUUUGCUAGCCGAUCGCAAGGCUAUUGUCAGCAAAGGGAAGUUGCGUUGCAUGGGAUCCUCUCUCUUUCUGAAGAACAGAUUCGGUCUCGGUUAUCAUCUUACAUUCGUUCUGAACGAGUCAUUCCGUGACACAGAAGCUAUCCGAAAAGUAGUGGAGAGCUUUGUCGCAUCUGCCAAACUGAACCGCCAUUACGGGCGCGAGUUGAGUUACGUUCUACCUCGCCAACACGUCUCCUCCUUCCCACCACUCUUCUCGAAACUGGAAUCCCUCGUCAAUGGCGGUGAAGCGAGUGUAAUGGGAUUUAAUUCGUAUGGUGUAUCCAUGACCACAUUAGAAGAGGUGUUCUUGAAACUUGGAGAGGAGGCCGAGUUGGCCGAACAGGCCGAAGAAUUAGCGACAAAAACAGCGGCUAAGAAAAGCAAUAAUGUUAAAACUAAGAGAUCGCUGUCGUCUGAUUCAAUUCCUGAAGUCAACACAAAUGAACAAGAAACUAAUGAAGAUAAUCCCAAUUCCACUUGGGAGCUUCUUAACAAUUUGGACGUACCGAUCCGGGAGUCUCAUAAAGGCCAGACCCUUCGAGCCCUUUUGAAAAUUCGCGGUAUGAACAUGGCUCGCGACCCGAUGGCGGUAUUCUUUCAAGUCAUCAUGCCAGUUUUGUUUGCUGCAUUGGGAAUUUGGCUGGGUACACUCGCCACCGAGAGGACUGUCGAAGUCAAACGCUCCUUUACCUUCGACUUGUAUAGAGAUCAACUGAAUUCGUCUGCACUGCUUUACUCGGAGACUGGAGAUGAAAGUGGGAUGUCGGCUUUCUGGUCAAAAUUUGCGCAGUUUAACGGAUUCCAAUUAGAGCACUAUUCCGGCGACUUCCCCGACAUCCUUGAACUCAAUUUAAAGAACAAGUCAAGUCAUUGGGCAGCCAGUGAUACAAGGGAUACGUAUUCGCUGGAUACGUUAAACAACACUUGGUACAACGGAUCUCUGCCGGAUGUAGUACAAAAUCCAUUUCCAUACAAGCACACCCGACUUCGCUUUAAUGAUACGCUGAUCCAUACACCGCCCCUGAUGAUCAACUCUAUCUCAAAUACGCUUCUUCAGAUGAACAACAAAGCGGAGAACAUUUCCCUAUCAGUCUACCCGUUGCCAUACACGACUCCACCCGGAAGUGGUUUCGAUCCGGGAUCCUUUACAUCUGCAAUGUUCAUUGGCAUGUUAUUCGUUUUGGCUCCAUCCGCACUUGCUUGCGAGAUCGUUCUCGAUCGAGAGAUCCACGCAAAGAAUCUUCUUCGUGUCAACGGCCUGAGCUUUGGGCAGUACUUUGGCAGCUUCUUUAUUGUCUUAGGAUCAAUGAUGGUGACCACCUGCAUUUUGAUUCUUCUUCUCAUCUUCGCGUUCCAUCUGCAGGCAUUAAUUACUCCGGUCGCCAUUAGCCUUUUGGCUAUUUUGUACAUCCUUUUUUGUCCAGCUGGCAUUUUAUUUGCCACAUGCUGUUCUUAUCUCUUCAAGACCUUGGAAUCAACUCAGUCGAUUUUUCCGAAUGUCUCGACCUUUGUCGGUUUCAUCCCCUUCCUUGUCGUCAUUAUGUGUGACAUGUUUCAAUUGGGAGGGUCUACGGAUUUGGCCACAGGACUACACAUUGGUUUCUGCUUUAUUGAUGUUCUUUACAUCCCUUAUGGAAUUUUGUAUUACGUUAAUCGGAUUUACUAUCGUUGCCUUUUGACUACCGCCAUCGGACAGGAUCCGUCAGAAUAUUGCAAUCAUUUGGCUUGGGCCGACUACAUGACCCCCGAAAUCGUUUCCAUCUUCGUGGCGUUGUUCAUUCACAUCGCCGUCUACUUCGUCUUGCUUAUUAUUAUCGACGUCAAGCAUGCUGGCGGAUCGGCUAGAGACGCAUUUUCUUGUUUCACAAAAUCAAAAUCAAAAGAAAGUCAAAUACGAAGCGGCGAUUUCAUUGCGGAAGAAUAUAACGGCGCUGGAGACAGUGAUGUCAAAGCUGAAAACUUGCGAGUUCAAAAAAUUUUGUAUGAACCACGGAAUAAGGGCGAAGAGACUCCAGUCGUUUUAAUUCACGGUCUACACAAAAAGUACAAAAAGUCCGGGGAUUCGAAAAGGUGCGGAAAAGGUGGCGAAAAUCCAGCAACGGCCAAUCCUGCUGUGAACUACAUGUCAUUUGCAGUGCAGUCAGGAGAAGUGUUUGGUCUCCUGGGCCAUAACGGAGCUGGGAAAACGACGACUAUGAAAGUUAUUACAGCGGAAGAGGCGCCUACUCAUGGAAGGGUCCAAGUUGAUGGCCACGACAUUGUGUCGAAUCAGUCUGACGCCUUUCAAGCACUGGGCUAUUGUCCUCAGCACGACGCUUUGUGGCGCAACAUCACUGUUCGGGAGCACAUGGAAGCCUAUGCAAGUAUCCGCGGCAUUGUUCCAUCGCACAUCCCCAGAAUUGUAGACCUGUUUCUACGCGGUUUGCAAAUUGAACACCAUGCCGAUAAGUAUGCCAAAAACUGUUCCGGUGGCACAAGGCGCAAACUGAGUUAUGCCUUGUCGAUGCUCGGCCGACCUGCUAUUGUGCUGAUGGACGAACCCAGUACUGGCAUGGAUCCACAGUCUAAACGCUUUCUUUGGAAUACCAUUUCCGCUUCCUUCCAAGGUAAGAGAGGUGCCAUAUUGACGACCCACUCCAUGGAAGAAGCUGACGCUCUGUGUUCCCGACUAGGGAUUAUGGUCAAGGGUGAACUCAGAUGCAUGGGAACAGGGCAACAUUUGAAGAAUCGCUACGGCAGUGGUUAUUUGCUUGAGCUGAAACUGAAAAGCUUGGGUUCAGAGACAAGUGGGUCGGCUUCUUUGGCGGAUGUCGAUAGCUCUCGAUCAGAGCGGAAGGAAAAUCUGACUACUUUUAUAAAUAGCCUCUUUACCUCUGCCCACGUUCAAGAAAGUUUUGAAGACAGGAUUAUUUUUGGCAUCGCUCAGGACAAUAUUUCUUCCCUUUCCGAGACGUUCCAAGCUUUAGAAGAAGCUCGCGAGAAACUGUCCAUAGAGGAAUACAGUUUCAGUCAAACCACAUUGGAGCAGGUAUUCAUCAAAUUUGCUCACGAGCAAGAGGACGUAUCUGAAUGAAAUGCAACCAUUUCUGUUUUACGGAUGCUCUCGAGAAACAACAAUAAUAAAGUCUAAAUUAAAUGUUGUGAGAUGGGUCAAGUACGUAAGAUGUAAUAAGUUCAAGCAAGAGAAAGUAAUACACAGAAUUUUUUUGUCGAA